CUCUAGUUAGUUUCAUGGAUAAUUUUCCCAUUAAAAGGUAAGGACAUGUAAAACUGUGGUUUUAAAGCAUUAAGGCACAACAUUAUUCUUGACAGUGACAUUUAUGUAUUGUGUUAUAUUCUUGUCUAGGAUGUAUAGUUUGAUCAUUUAAGGCAUGGAUUAUUCAAUUGCAUUUGAAAAUCCUGCUUGUUUUUUAUAUUUGUAUUUGCGUAGGUGUUCAUCACCGUUCCAUUAUCAAUUAUUGAUAUGCUUUGUAUCUUUAAGCAUGAUGUGCCUGGUUAAUUUAGUUGCUCACUUUUUUUCUUCCCUUGAAGAAAAGGGUUUUUCACAUCAAAGUAUGCAUUUAGGUUAUGAAGGAGCUUAUAAGAACUAGCAGGGAGAACAAUUUGGGCAGAAUUAGUUCACUGUAAGCUUAUUUCCAUAUUAACCAACAUGUUUUAUGAAGUUCCGGAUGAAGUUGUUGAGCUUGAACUCUGCACACCAAAGUUCCUUGUGGAUCAACUUGAUCUGAUUGGAGGAGUUCAGUUUAUUUUUUUGGAGUAUUCUCUUGCAAAUUCAAGAGAAGAGAAGAAAAAUCUGUAUGCAGUGCUUUUUUAUUACAUUUUGCAUCAAAUAAAUGAAUCGUGCAUAGUCUCAGGAGCCAGUGAACACAGUGAUGAAGAGAUCCAACCUCUGGCUGCUCUGCUUGCUCAAACAAAUGUACCUGAGGCAUUUUAUAUUUCUGUUAAACUUGGGGUAGAGGGCAUUGGAGAGAUUUUGAGAAGAUCAAUUGCAUUUGCUCUAUCCAGAUAUAGUGAAAGACUAAAUACGAUACUUCCAGUUUUUCCUUAUCUAUAAUAUACUUUAAAGUUUUAAGGCUAUACAUUUUUCCUUUGAUCUUAUAUGCAUUUCUUCAUAUA